AUGGCUCAAAUCAACCCAACCACGCUGGAUAACGUGAAAAUUCUAGGCGAAGUCUCUGACAAGCCUCUGUUGUCAAAGGCCACUCCAAGAGAUAUUCUGACCAAGGAUGCUUUGAAGUUCAUUGUCCUGCUUCACAGAAGCUUCAACGAGACCCGGAAACAGCUCCUGGAGAACAGGCAAAAGGUCCAGGAAAGGCUGGAUGCCGGCGAGUCGCUGCACUUCCUUGAGGAAACAAAGUACAUUAGGGAAGAUCCCAACUGGAAGUGUCUGCCUACCCAUCCUAAAUUGCAGUGCCGUAAGAUUGAGAUUACUGGUCCGCCAGACGCCAAGAUGAUCGUCAAUGCCUUUAAUACCGAUGUGUUUACAUACAUGACGGACUUCGAGGACUCGUGUUCUCCUACCUGGAACAACAUGAUUUACGGCCAGGUCAAUCUGUACGAUGCAAUCAGAGACAGAAUUGAUUUCACCAACGAGGCCACCGGAAAACGGUACAAAAUUAACAGAGAGGGUAGAAGAGUGCCUGUGAUGAUUGUCAGACCAAGAGGCUGGCACAUGGUGGACAAGCACAUUUUGGUCGACGGAGAGCCUAUUUCUGCCUCGAUCAUGGACUUUGGUCUGUUUUUCUUCCACAACGCAAAGUUCUUGCUUUCCCAGGGCCUUGCUCCGUUUUUCUAUCUGCCAAAGAUGGAACACUACAAAGAGGCCCAGUUGUGGAAUGACAUUUUCUGUGUUGCUCAGGACUGUCUCGAGAUCCCUAGAGGAACCAUCAAGGCCACUGUUCUGAUCGAAACCCUGCCUAUUUCGUAUCAAUUGGAUGAAGUUCUGUACGCUCUCAGAGACCAUUCUGCCGGAUUGAACUGUGGAAGAUGGGAUUACAUGUUCUCCACCAUCAAGAGACUGAGAAACCAAAAACAACAUAUUCUGCCUGAUAGGCACCAAGUCACCAUGACCGUUCCCUUCAUGACCAACUACGUUAAGCAGCUCAUCAAAAUCUGCCACAAGAGAGGUGUUCACGCCAUGGGAGGUAUGGCUGCCACCAUUCCGAUCAAGGACGAUCCAGAAAAAAACGCUGCUGCCAUGGAGGCUGUGAGACAGGACAAGCUCAGAGAGGUUCUUGCAGGCCACGAUGGUACCUGGAUUGCUCAUCCUGGAUUGCUUCCUACUGCCUUGUCCGUUUUCCAGGAGCACAUGCCUACUCCUAACCAGAUCCACGUCCAAAAGAACGUUGAGAUUACAGAGGCAGAUCUUGUCGAUACUAACAUUCCUGACGGCAAGAUCACCAUGAAGGGUGUGAGCGCCAACAUUUAUAUCGGGCUCAACUACAUGGAGAGCUGGCUCAGGGGUCUUGGUUGCGUGCCUAUCAACAACUUGAUGGAAGAUGCUGCCACCGCAGAGGUCUCCAGAUUGCAGUUGUAUUCCUGGUGUAAACACGCAGUCAAGAUGGACGAUACGGGCAAGACCAUUACUCCAGAGUUCAUCAGCAAGCUGAUUGACGAAGAGGCCGAGAGAUGCGCUGCCAACAAGCCAAACAAUAAGUUCAAGAUCGCCGCAGACUGCCUGAAGAAGGAAAUCAAUGGUCACACCGAGGUGGCCGAGUUCCUGACCACCUUACUUUACGAUGAUAUCGUCACCAUUGGGCCAGAAGUUGAUAUCUCUUCUUUGAAAUGAACUAUAUGGGUAUUUAUUCGAUUGCAUUGGUUUAAACUCGUAUAUUAUUGUCCAUACAUACCGGUAUCCACGGCGUCCAGCAUUCCUUGUAGACAACGCUUGAGGUUUUUGACAUUAGCGGGCGAAAAUUUGCGAAGGUUUUGGGAAAUAAGCAGCUCCCGACUCAUGGGCUUCUCAUUGUACAGAAGCUCGUGCAAGUUCAGCGCAAACUGCUCGUAGUAAUCAAACGACUGUCUUAAGAAAUGGAAGUAAGGACCAAAAUUUUGGUAGCGAAUGCCAAACGAGUGAAGCAGCUGUUUCAUACAGUUUGCAAGUUCCACAAAGGUCAUCGAGUCGAUCUCGUCAAGCUUCAAUAGUGCAUAGUUUUUGAGAUCUUCUUUUGUUAGUUGAGAGUUCAGAUCUCCAUGCUUGGCAGCAUGUUUUUCAUUCUCCAAUUUGAGCGACUCAAUGAGAUACUCAUAAUCUUCCAGUCUUUUGUUUAGUUGCUGCUGUUCCUGCAGAAGCUGGUCUACAUUGAUUUGAGCGUCACGCAGUUCAGUCGAAAGGUCCUCCUUCUCCUUUUUUGCUUGCGUUUUGUAGGUUUCGAGCUGCUCAGAGACCUCAGAUCUGAGUUUCUCAGAAUUCAAGACCUUUUGCGUUUUUUCCUCUAAUUCUAAUUGCAGAUUCUCCUUCUCUCUCUCUAGGGCUUGGUUCUGCUCGCGUUGGAUGUUCAGCUCGCUCUUCACGUUCUCCAACUCUGCACUUACUGUGCGGAGCUCUGCGGCCUCGGU